UUUUUUUUUUUUUUUUUUUUUUUUUUAAAGAAGACUCGGGGUUCUACUCCACAGCUGCAGCAUCCAGUAUCCCAAGACUCGUCAUCAGCAGUCUUCUGGGUGAAAAACUUUGAUUUCUUUCAGAGGAUACAGACAGAAAGCCUGAGCCAGAACUACAAGUGCCAGCCCUAAGCUUUCAGGACAGGGGUCUCCAGAGCAAAGGAGGGGAAGCCUUUGGAAAAGAAAGACAUUGAUAGGACCCAUUGGGUCAGCUGGUGGCCAGGGUGCUCAUGCUUCUGCCUUGGCUCACAGGAUUUGGGGCUGGAUUGCUCUUCCUGCACUUCGUGCAGAAACUUCUGUUCCCCUACUUCUGGGAAGAUUUGUGGUUCCUGCUCAAGGUGGUGCGCUAUGGAAUUCAAAUGGAGAUAUACAAACUGAGAGGGGAGCUGGUCACCGUGCUCGAUAAGUUCCUGAGCCACGCCAGGAGGCAACCGCAGAAAGCCUUCAUCAUUUAUGAGGGGGACGUCUACACCUAUGAGGACGUAGACAAGAGGAGCAACAAAGUGGCCCACGCCUUCCUGACCCACUCCUCGCUGAAGAGGGGGGAUGUCGUGGCUUUGCUGAUGAGCAACGAGCCAGACUUCGUUCAUGUGUGGUUUGGCCUGGCUAAGCUGGGCUGCGUGGUGGCCUUCCUCAACUCCAAUAUCCGCUGCAAUUCCCUCCUCCACUGCAUCUGUACCUGUGAGCCCAAGGCCGUGGUGGUGGGCGGAGAUUUACUUGGAAGCAUAGAAGAAAUCCUCCCCAGCCUCCCCAAGCACAUCACUGUUUGGGCAAUGAAGGACUCCGUUCCACAAGGUGUAGUUUCACUCCAAGAAAAGCUGAGCCUGGCCUCUGAUGAGCCAGUGCCAACAAGGCAUCAUGUCACCUCAAGCCUCAAGUCUACCUGCCUCUAUAUUUUUACCUCUGGAACAACAGGUGGCAGCUCUCCUAACUUUCCCAGAAUAACCGGGUCUUAUGACUCACGGAAAGUCCCCAAGACUUGA